AUGUUCUUCCUCGUCUUUUCCUUCCGUUAUGCCCUUGCCGUUGGUUUGACAUUGCUAUACUCGUUAGCCAACGCCACUCUUGACAAUUCGUGUAGGGGUGAGGCGGACCAGAAAGUGAGUCCAUAUAAAUAUAGUCCCCGAACCAUCUGCGAUGCCUUGCCCACCGGAAUACAGCUUACUGACCCCCUGCCUUAUCGAGGGUUGCAGAGGUUCGCCGCACCCGACUCAUGUCUUGCUCGCAGGGGGGCAACGGCGGUCAAUACGAGCACUGUUAUUAACGACUACUACAGUCAUUGCCUGUGUGGCAAUACUAAGUGGUUCGAUAACUACUCAGACUGCCUGAAUAGGAGUACGUUCGCGCCGAACGUCCGAGCGGCGGGUGUGGUCGCCGGACGCCUGAUCCUAUUCAUACUUCAAAAUCCAACGCCAUGUGCUGACGACGGGCCAUCCUCCUCCUGUCUCUCAGGGACUACAAACACUCAGUGGAUUUCGGAGGACAAACGGCGACGAUGCCGCGACUGCAACAAUUAUAUGCGUGAGUCAGCAGCAUGGUACAAGUGUACACGACUGACGGGCUCGUGUAAGGAGAUGCCUUAGAGCGCUAUAAGUAGCCUCUGAGUAGCCUCUGAGUAGCUUGAACUAUCGAGUUCUAUUUCCGGCUUGCUUUUGAGUCUGGCGGUCGAGAACGACAAAUUCUAUUUAUGCAUAUCAGAGGCGUAUACCUUUUACUGACUGGUUUAUUUUUUGAACAUUGAGUCACUGCCGUUAACUGCACCACUUCCUGAUCGGCAUGAAGAUGAAGAUCGCAUCGACACCGUCGUCCCACGAGUUGUCAUCACUUUCAUCCACCAAGCUUCUCAUCUUCGGAAACCUUCUUUCCUCCUCGAUUCAAGCCUCCCUUUCAUUUGUGCAUUUUCUCUCAACCUCGCUAUCAUCCAGGUUACGGUCUCGUCAAGUUCCCUUCGCCAAGCCCCUCCGUCAGGGUCACUCCGUCAAGUUCCUGCGUUGCCUCGGUCGCAAGCGCGCCAAGUUUCCUCGUCGUUUGGUCAUGGUCUCUUUCUUUGUUACAUGUUCACCUUGAUCAAAGUACACACCCAGAGUACACACCUAGCAAGUGCAUUUCACGUACCUGCCCAUUUCCAGCCGGUUCAUUUUCGUUCUUUCCUCAGUACUCUGUUUCCACAUUUCGAGAAGCGCGCUUGA